GUGUCAGCACAGUUCCAGUGGAAAAAGACCAUAUUGAAGAAAUGGUAACACGGUGUAUAGUGGAAGUUCUGUCCAAUGCUCUAUCCAAGCCAAAUGCACCACCCAUUAAUCCUGAAUGCAAAGAAAUCCUGAAGAAGAGUGGUAGAAAUGACCCAGAGAGAAGUGAAAACAAACAACUUGAAGUGAGGCAUUUGAAAGACCCAGCAGAGACUGAAAAACAACAUAGCAGGACUGUGGAGAAAGAACAAAGUCAGGCAGAAGAGGAGUCUAAGAAGUACAUGAAAGGAAGUGAUAAGGAGAAACUUGUUCAUGAGGAAGAUAGAAGCAGGGAAGAGGAGGGUGAACUCCACACACCUGUUCAAGAGGAGAGACUUCAUACAGAAGAAAACAAACACUAUCAGGAAGUAAGAACAGAGGAGGAGAAGAGCUACCAUAGUGAAGAAGAAAGCAAAGAGAGCAAGAGUCAUGAGGGAGAGGUAGAGCAGGCUGUCCUCAAGAAGUCGUCCCACUCUGGGGGCACGAGCACAGAGGAGUUCCUUGAUGAGAGUGAUCAGCACCCCGUGGGCCACUGGCACUCAGAGGAGGGAAUGCAGAGCCCUCACAAAAGAGUUCAUGAAGGGGAAGAGGCAGAGGUAGAAAGAAGUGAAAAGUACCACCAUGAGUUUAAGGAACAUGAUUUCUCCCAUCAGCAAGAGCGUGAAGAAUCUGAUGAGAGUGAAGAAACAGAGGAGGAAAAGCAACCCUACAAACCCAAACGUUACCAUGGGAAGCACAGAAUGGGUGACUCUGAAGAGAAGAGGGGCCGUGCUGGUGAGGAAGAGGAACUAGCUGAGGAAUCAAACACAGAGGAAGCCCAUCUCUGGGACAAAAGGAACUACCACCUUAAACAUCAUGGAGAGUCUGAGCAGCAGCGUGAGGAGAAGAGUGGUUAUCAUGGGAGGCAUGGGUCUGAAGAGGUGGAGGAGAAGAGGCGUGCAGGCCAGGGAAGUGAGGAGUACACAGAAAGGGGGCAGCAGAGUGAAGAGAGCAGUGAAGAAGAAAACCAGAGGCAUCGCCACAGUGAAGAAAAUAAUGAGAAGUGGCAGGAGGAGAGGAGACACCACUCUGUGGGCAGGACAUACCUUGGCGAUGACAGUGAGGAGGAACUGGGCAGGUAUCUGGGCAGCAGCAGCAAGGAGCAGCAGCAGCACCGUGCUGGGGGCAGGUUCCGCCAGCGGGACAGCGCGGGGUCGCCGCAGGCGUACGGGCGAGAGCGGCAGGGACCGGCCAGGAGGCGCCACAGCACUGGGGACGGCCUGGAGCCGCAGCGCUACCCCGGCAGCAGCGAGGAGCGGGAGGAGGAGCUCCAACAGAAGCAUCGGAGCAGCGAGCAGGUGGAAAAGGAAGAGGAGAGUAUGGAGGAGGGGAGAUACGCAGAGAGGCAGGAGGACAGAAGCCGCCUCCCCGCAGAGAGUGAGAAGAGAAGCACGGCACCCUACAGCUCUUUCUACCCACUGCUGUGGUGGAAAAGCCAGCACGUUGAGAAGAGGGACAGUGCAGGUGAGGAGCUUCUGGAGGGCAGAGAGGGAGGGAGGCCCACCCUCAGCGAGAAGAGUCUUUUCCCUGACUAUAGUGACUAUGACUGGUGGGAGAAGAAGCAGAUCCUCAGUGCUCUGAACCACGGACGUAGCCAGAAGAGGAAUCUCGGCAGAACGAACAGGUACGAUAUGAAAAGGCAAAACAAGAAGAUGGAUCAACUCGCACAACUUCUGAAUUACAGGAAGAAAUCUGCUGAAUUCCCAGAGUUGUACAAUUCUGGAGAAGACGUGAAAAAACGUCAUGUAAUCAGGAGUGACAGAAGCCUGGGCCAGCGGCCUCUAACAGAAGAGGAGGAAAAAGAACUGGAAAAUUUGGCUGCUAUGGACUUGGAGCUGCAGAAAAUAGCUGAGAAGUUUAAUGAGAACAGGAGAGGCUGAAGAUGGAUCUGCUUUGGCAUUUCAAAGCUAGGUGUAGCUGUUCUCACAGUACCUGUAUUUUGUGGUAAAUUCACUGCCACUGGAUUGUUGUUUGCCCUAAAACCAGGAGAUACUAUUUACUGUCCACUAUAGUGUAGUGAUUGAUACAGCUGAAAAUGUCUUUAAUUUGCUAUUAUGCUAUUGAGAGCUGAAUAGCAUGGGGUUUAGCAUUUCAGUGUUUCAUGCGAGGCAGGUAUUUUUAAUAUGCUUGUGAAAAUAAUUGUGCUGGUGUUCUUCAGAAAUACAUUUGUCUUAGUUUGAAAUAAUAAAAAACCACUGAUCUUGGACCAAACUUUGUCCUUGCUUAUUUGACUGGGUG